CCUGCUUGACCCGUCAGUCUAUCGAACGUUGCUUGAAGAGAUACAUCCCACAAGAUGCUGGUGGUAGUGUUCGCGUUGUCGGGAUUGGCGCUGGCUUCGGCUGGUCUGCCAGCCUACGGGUACGGCCCUCCUCCCUGUUACCCCAAGACCGAAUACGUUACCAAGUACAAUACCAAGCUGGUUGAGGUCCCCUUCUACGAGACCAUCUACAAGCAGGAGUACGUCCCUACCUUCAAAUACAACACCCUAUACAAGACCUUCUACAACACCCUCUACGACACCCAGUUCGUGCCCGAGUACGUCACCACUACCUACUACCAGACCGAGCUCAAGUACGUCACUGACUACAAGACCGAGUUCAAGACCGUCUUCAACACCAACUACGUCACCAAGACCGACUACGUGCCCAAAUACGUCACCCAGACGGCCUACGACACCAUCAUCAAGACCGUCGUCGACUACAACACGUUGUACAAGACUGAGUUCGUGCCCCAGUACGUUACCCAAACGCAACUGCAGUACAAGACUGAGUACAAGCAGAAGUUCGUUCCUGAGUACCACACUGUCAUCAAGACUGUCUUCAAUGAGAAGACUUACUGUCCCAAACCCGUCUACGGCGCCGGACUAGGCUAUUAAAACAUCUUAGAAAGGCAUCUAUCCUCUUGAAUUUCCCGUCCCAGAAGGGUCUUGUCAGGAAACAGUAUGGCUAACACACGACUCGUUCUUCAGGUGUUGUCAGUUCAUAUGUGGCUUAUAGUUGUGUAUCAGUGUUGGAAAUGUUGACACACAGGUGUGUGUGUGUGUGUGUGUGUGUGUGUGUGUGUGUGUGUGUGUGUGUGUGUGUGUGGCGGCCAGAAAAGUCAUUCAUAUUCUCUCUCUCUCUCUCUCUCUGCUCAAUAGACAGUCUAUAACACAUCUAUGGAAUGCCUACUUUUAUCACUUGACCGCAAACUAAUAUAUUAAACAACUAAUCUUGCACAGAGUCCGAACACAGUAGACGGGAUAGUUAACUACUCCUCUCUACCCUUUCUUAUUGAAGCAAGCGUAAACUAAUAACACUACACCUCACUUCAAGUACUUUGCUCAUAGACUUCUGUCUACUGACGGUCUAUUCUGUCCCUGCGGGUGCCUACAUUCACGAGAGACUCUACAAUACGUGGUUCAUACAACCAGGAGACAUUGUAUAGUGGUACUGGCUUAUGGCUUCUGUAGGACCAGCAAAUAUUGCGUCAACUAUCGAUUAUUUGAAUAUAUUUAUUAUUUCAUUUUGAAUAUUAAUAUUAUUAUUUUGAGUUUCCAUUUAUAAUAUCGGGUGGGAAACCUUUUGGAAUUUUGUAUUCAAUAUUGAAAUAUUUGUUAUUUAUAACAAAACGUCAUUAUCAAGUAUUCUUUUUACCGUUAUCUGUUGAAUAGGGAAGCUUCUUCCCCUUAUUUGUCGAUAGAGCUUCGAUAUCGAAGGUAAAUAGAGCUUGAGCCUUACAAGCAUUGGGUCCGCAGUUAAAGACUCCUAGUGCACAGGCGAAUUGAAUUCUUCUAUCCUAUCGUUCUAUCCCAGCUCCUGCUACGCAAACAUCCGUUUCUGUACUGUCCCUUUCAUCGCUCUAUUCUACCGAAGAGGAUAUGGCGAAGAUAUCUUCUUACCGUUCAUGUUGUUGCCACUUUAUCUAUAGCUAUUACAAGAUAUAUCUUUUUAUAUCUAUCUUUCUCAUCACUAACUUUUUUUUGGCUGCUUCUGAGAGCAGCAGUGAAAUAUUUUCAAUAAACAAGCUUCAAACGUUUCGUUAUAUUCACCAGGAGGUAUAUUUAUCUUCUUGGAAUAUACAGUAUAUGAGAGGAGAGCUUACUAUAGCAGUGAGCUAUAUACAGAACUGAAGUCUAUAAUUACCGGUAGUUAGUAAGCGCUUGUGAUUGCUUUAAUCAUCCUGCAGAGAUUAAACAGGCCUCAAGCCCAACAACCAAUUAAAAACCAGCAUUCAACUCCUCAUUUGACUCGCCAAACUAGCCAAUUAACCAUAACUCUCUAACGAUUUUGAAUGACGUUGCCAAAAGCUUAAAUAACAACAGACGUCCAAAUCACCUGUAUCCAGUCUGUAUACAAAGCAACUAUCUAUCUAUCCAUCUAUCCCUCCCCUUCCUUCAAUUCUCACAACCAAAACACCGCCAGCUCUUCCAAUCCACUUCUAUUUUCAUCCUAUGCAAGCUCAACAGGUUCAUAUAGCCUAACUAGCCCAUUGUUCUUCCAAAUAUUGUUUACAAGUGAGUAGGUGACGAGUCAAUUAGACAAGACCCCGCUGAAAGGAAUUUCUUCAGUUGCCAUCUUCAGGAGUAUUGUGUGUUUAUGUCUAUAUAUAUAAUAUUCCUGGAGGUUUUCUAUUUAUUAUUUUUUUUCAUUUUAAAAAUGGAAUGCCAUAGCAUAUAUUUUGAUGGACAAAUGUAGAUUUUCAAAGAUUUAUUUUAUUAAAUCAUACACAGAUAAAAAAA